UGGAGUUUAGAAACCCCACAUUAAGCUUUUUGUAAAGAGACAACUGUAAAGAAAAGUCAUACUCCAUUUAUUGAGGGGCAGCACAAAGUUUGUGCAUUAAUCCCUCCCAUCUGAACAGUUAUAAAAGACCACCAAUACAUUACCAGCUCAUUUCUCUCCUGACCAAAGAUGGAUCUGCGCAUCACCAUUGUCCUUCUCUCUGUUUUCAUCACUGGAGGACACUGUAUCAGAUGUUAUGCGUGCGAGUCUCGUGGCUCUGAUGUUUGUGAAGAAAGAAUAAUAUCAUGUUCUGAUCGAGAUUCAUGUGCAAGUACAAGAGAGACAAAGUACCGUUCUACCAAAGUGUCUGUCCUAGGUAAAGGAUGUUUAGAGAAAGAACAUUGUAUAUCUGGCACUCUACGGCAAGAGACUGGGUUCGUUUCUUUACAGUGCUGUAAUACGGACCUAUGCAAUGGUGCAGAUGGACUCUAUAAGGGCAGUUUUCUCCUCCUGCUGUCUCCGCUGUUCUUCUACUCUCUGUGUCACUGAAUUCAGCUGCAGUGAAGAGCACAUCACUGAAACCACACAUGAAUUACAGCACAACGCUUUACUAAAUGUUGUUUAUUGCUCAUCUUUGCUGUCCUUACCCAAACAAUAUGUUGUUUAAUAAGAGAAAAAGAACAUGCUGUAAGUAAUGUAUAGAAAUAGGUGACCGUAAAAAACAGAUAAAGUCUCACAGUCUAAUUAUGAGGAAACGAGCAUCAAAGUUUGAUUAAACCAUUAAUAUCACUAUGAUUUCAAUCGUUGACAUGGUACCCAAUAUUAAAGUCACCAAGAUUAUAUUUUCACAGAAUAUUCUUUACAUUAUAGGAUGAUUUUAUGUAAAUCACAAAAUAUGAAAAUAUCUGAAAUGUAUUUUCCCAGUGCAAAACUCAUCCUCAAUAAAAUGAAAAAAGUCUUUAAGAAAUGAAGUUCAUUCAAAGGUCUGAUUAUAAUGUAUAAAGUGACUAUAAUAUGUGUUUUAUUCUGAUGUGCUGGUUAAGUUCAGGUUCGUUUUGUGUUCAUUAAAUACUUUCUGUUUGAUCAGAGUCUAUAAGGGCAGUUUUCUCCUUCUGCUGUGUCCACUGUUCUUCUACUUUUGUUUCACUGAAUUCAGCACAA